AUGUCAGGUCCACGGGAGAAAGAGCUGCACCGCGCGCGGCUGGUUGCCAGCGUCGCAGCCACGGUCAUUUCUCUAGCAUGCGGUACCAACUACGUUUACUCGGCAUGGUCCCCUCAGUUUGCCGAGCGAUUGAAGCUCUCCUCGACCGAAACGAACCUCAUUGGCCUUUCCGCCAACCUGGGAAUGUACUCUUUGGGAGUUCCUGUCGGCAUGCUCGUUGAUCACAAAGGACCUCGCUCCGCCGUCAUCAUUGGCUCCGUCCUGCUCGCCCUCGGAUACUUCCCGUUCCACAUCGCCUACGAUCGCGCGGCUGGUCCCGUGCCGCUUCUCUGCUUCUUUUCAUACUUGUCCGGCCUCGGCGGGUGUUUGGCUUUCGCCGCGUCUGUCAAGACGUCUGCUCUCAAUUGGCCUCAUCAUAGGGGGACUGCUACCGCUUUCCCCCUAGCUGCUUUUGGUCUGAGUGCCUUCUUCUUUUCGACGUUUGGGAGUCUCUUCUUCCCCGGAAACACCAGCGCUUUCUUGGCCUUACUGUCCAUCGGCACUUGCGGUUUAACCUUUUUCGGUUUCUUCUUCCUACGCGUCUAUCCUCAUGCCACCUAUCACAGUCUGCCAGCAAGCGAUGGUCUUUCCGGUUCGCAGCAGCUUCGACGAACUUCGUCAGAAGAGGCCAAACCCAACCGACCCGGCUAUGGGCACCGCAGCGCUCCGGUUGAACCUGGUACGUCGCCCAAACUUAACAAUACCACUACCACAAUCAACUCCACCGCCGACCACGAGCCGGUUCAUCCCGAGUACGAAUCGUCCGCGCCGUCUCGCGAGGCUGAUGAGGCGCAAAUCGAAGCCGUCGAAGCCGAUGAUUAUGAGCCCGACGAGACGUCCUCGCUGGUGUCGAGCUCCUCUUCUAUGCCUGGUGAUGUCUUUGUGCAGAGCAGUGUUGAUCUGGAUCGUUCUCAUCGAGUAGAUAUUCGUGGCUGGGCUCUUUUACGUGAAAUCGAUUUUUGGCAAUUCUUCCUCAUCAUGGGCAUUCUUACCGGUAUCGGUUUGAUGACAAUCAACAACAUUGGAAACGACGUAAAGGCCCUUUGGCGUCACUAUGACGAGUCCGUGGAUGAGGCCUACCUCAUCACGAAGCAGCAGAUGCACGUGUCCAUUCUAUCGAUUGGCAGCUUCGCAGGCAGACUCCUAAGCGGUAUGUUGACACUAGAUUAUCACUCAUCCAAAGAGCUGACUCAGACUAUGAAAGGUGUUGGCUCCGACUUCAUCGUAAAGGUCCUUCACGGCAGUCGGGUGUGGUGCCUUGUGGCAUCCAGUGCCGUGUUCUUCGUGGCGCAGCUCAUGGCUCUCCACGUCACGAAUCCUCACCUGCUCGGACUGGUCUCGGGCCUGUCUGGCAUCGCGUACGGUUUCCUCUUCGGAGUCUUCCCUUCCAUCGUGGCCGAAACCUUUGGUAUUCACGGCCUGAGCCAGAACUGGGGGCUGAUGACGCUCUCGCCCGUUGUGUCUGGUAACGUAUUCAAUAUUUUCUACGGCAGAAUCUACGACAGGCACAGCGUCGUGGGCCCGGAUGGCGAGCGCGUCUGCCACGACGGGCUGGACUGCUAUCGUGCAGCGUAUCUGAUGACACUGGGUGCGUGCUCAAUUGGAUUAGUGCUCACUCUGUGGGUCAUUCGUCACCAGCGAGUGAAGUGGGCAAAAGAGGAGAAGAUGAAGGCGGAGCAGGAUGACUGA